UAAAUGCAAAGUUGAUUUGACAGAGCAGAUAAAGAGAAAGAGAUAUAAUAAAAGAAGAAGUGCAAAAUAUAUGGAGAAAAAAGAAAUGGAGAGGCAACCAGAUAAGGAAUCAGACAAGAGUAAGUUAGAAGGUUUGCCAGUAGAUACAAGUCCUUAUACUGUGUAUAAGGAUUUGGAGGAUUAUAAGAAACAAGCGUAUGGAACACAAGGACAUCAACAACCAAAUCCUGGCCGUGGUGCUGCUAGUUCCACCGACGCGCCGACACUCUCCGGUGGUGGAUCUGCCUCUGCUCACUCUCAGCUUUCUGCUACUAAUACCAUCAAUCGCCAGGGUGUCCCUUAAUUUGCUUAAUGUUUAGUUGUCAUAGGCAGAUCUAGAACAAGUUUUACGAGUUCAACUGAUCUCAUUACUUUCCGAUUUAAAUAAGGAAAUCGCAUGUAACUAUGUAUACAUAUAUGAAAAUAAAGUUUAAAAUUAUACAUAUAAUAAGAAUUUUAGGUUUUUGUUGCAAU